AUGGUGACCUUCCGUGCUCCUUCAGACUGGAAUCUCCCGCAUUUGGAGUGCUGCCACUGCAGCCAGUCCUGUCAUUGCUGCCCCUGCCUGGUCAGCACUAUGGGCACCACGUCUUUCUUGACAAGGGCCCGGGGUCUGCUCCGCAUCCGAAAUCAGCUGGUGCGGGAAUGCCUGGCUGAGCUGCUGGCCACCUUCGUGAUGAUGACAAUCACACUGAGCAGCGCUGCACAGAAGACUACCUUCUUUGAGACGAAGGGGAACCUCCUCACCAGCUACCUGGGAAGUGCCCUGGGUGUCAUGGCAGGCAUCUACGUAGCAGGGGGAAUCUCUGGGGCCCACAUGAACCCAGCAUUCUCCUUAGCCAUGUGCCUGAUCGAGCAGUUUCCCUGGUGGAAGUUUCCCAUCUUUGUGGUUGUGCAGACCUUGGGAUCUUUCAUAUCUGCUGGAGCUGUUUAUAUCCUCUACUAUGAUGCCAUCUGGCACUACAGCAAUGGGACCCUUACUGCCUUUGGCCCCCGAGAAACUGCCUCCAUCUUUGUCACCUACCCAGCUGACUAUGUCUCCGUCGCCAAUGGCUUCUUGGACCAGGUGAUUGGCACAGGGGUGCUGAUAUUGGUUGUCAUGGGCCUCAUGGACACCCGCAACAAGGCUGUCCCCAAGGGCCUUGAACCAGUGGUUGUGGCUCUCUUGGUGCUCUCCAUUGAGUGCUCCAUGGGGGCCAACUGUGGCUGCCCCCUGAACCCUGCGCGGGACAUCGGGCCCCGGCUUUUCAUCUGUCUGGCAGGUUGGGGCCUGGAGGUCUUCAGCAGGGGCAAUGGAUGGUGGUGGGUGCCACUGGUAGCACCGCUGCUGGGGGCCGCCGUGGGCACAUCCCUGUACCAGCUCUUUGUGGCUUUCCACUACCCGGAGGAGGAUAGCGAAGUCCUGGCAGAGCAGGGCUCCAUCGUUCUAGUCAACACCACCAUCGAGCCAGACAUUGGGAUGUCACCCAAGGAGAAGGACACUGAGGAGACAGUGCCUGCCGGGUAUCCUCCUCCACCGUGCGUGUGA